ACGGCCUCCGCCGCUCCCCUCCUUUGGCCCCUUUGUGUCCCCGCAGUGUCGAGGCACGGGCCCUGGCACGUCCUUUUUCGAGGCAGGGAGCAUCGUAGUGCAGGGAGCCUCUCACUGUGGGCGGGCGCGCCGCCCGCAGCGGGUUAGCGUGGGGAACGUGCCGGCGCGUGCUGGGAUAGUUCAUUUAAAGGUCCCAUCCCCACAAGGUGGUGGUUUCUACCAAUAUGAAUCUUUUCAACCUGGACCGUUUUCGCUUUGAGAAAAGGAAUAAGAUUGAGGAAGCGCCCGAAGCAACCCCUCAACCCUCCCAGCCUGGCCCUUCUUCACCAAUUUCUCUUAGUGCUGAAGAGGAGAAUGCUGAAGGGGAAGUUAGCAGGGCAGGCACCCCUGAUUCAGAUAUAACUGAAAAAACAGAAGAUUCUAGUGUUCCAGAAACCCCAGAAAAUGAAAGAAAAGCAAGUAUAUCAUCGUAUUUCAAGAAUCAAAGAGGAAUUCAAUAUAUUGAUUUGUCUUCAGAUAGUGAAGAUGUUGUUUCCCCAGAUUGCUCCAGUACAGUUCAAGAGAAAAAAUUCAGUAAAGACACAGUGAUUAUAGUUUCUGAGCCAUCUGAAGAUGAAGAGUCCCAAGGCCUUCCUACCAUGGCAGGUAGAAAUAAUAAUGAUAUUUCAGAAUUGGAAGACCUUUCGGAAUUGGAAGACCUUAAAGAUGCUAAACUUCAGACCUUGAAGGAACUUUUUCCGCAGAGAAGUGACAGUGAUUUACUUAAGUUAAUUGAAUCAACCAGCACUAUGGAUGGAGCAAUUGCUGCUGCCUUGCUGAUGUUUGGUGAUGCAGAAGGUGGUGGACCCAGGAAAAGAAAAUUAUCUUCUUCUUCAGAGCCAUUUGAGGAAGAUGAAUUUAAUGAUGAUCAAUCUAUGAAAAAGAAGAGAUUGGAUCAAGGAGAGGAAUCAAAUGAGUCUGCAGAAUCUAGCAGUAAUUGGGAAAAACAGGAAAGUAUUGUGUUGAAAUUGCAAAAGGAAUUUCCCAAUUUUGAUAAAGAGGAGUUAAGGGAAGUACUCAAGGAACAUGAAUGGAUGUACACAGAGGCUUUAGAAUCUUUAAAAGUGUUUGCGGAAGACCAAGAUAUGCAAUAUGCUUCACCAAGUGAGUUUCCAAAUGGAAAAGAAAUUUCUUCAAGAAGUCAAAAUUAUCCUAAAAAUGCAGCUAAAACAAAACUGAAACAGAAAUGUUCCAUGAAACCACAAAAUGGUUUUAACAAGAAACGUAAAAAAAAUGUAUUUAAUCCUAAAAGAGUUAUUGAAGACUCUGAAUAUGAUUCAGGUUCUGAUGUCGGUAGUUCAUUAGACGAGGACUAUAGUAGUGGUGAAGAAGUGAUGGAGGAUGGCUAUAAAGGUAAAAUUCUUCACUUCCUUCAAGAUGCUUCAAUUGGUGAACUUACUUUGAUUCCUCAGUGUUCUCAGAAAAAGGCUCAGAAGAUAACAGAACUCCGGCCCUUUAAUAGUUGGGAAGCUCUGUUCACAAAGAUGUCCAAAACGAAUGGCUUAUCAGAAGAUUUGAUAUGGCACUGUAAAACACUGAUCCAAGAAAGGGAUGUAGUUAUAAGGCUUAUGAACAAAUGUGAAGACAUUUCAAAUAAAUUGACAAAACAAGUUACCAUGCUCACUGGAAAUGGAGGUGGAUGGAACAUAGAACAACCCUCCAUUCUAAACCAAAGUUUGUCACUCAAGCCCUAUCAGAAGGUUGGUUUGAAUUGGCUGGCAUUGGUACAUAAACAUGGACUUAAUGGCAUUUUGGCAGAUGAAAUGGGCCUGGGAAAAACUAUUCAAGCGAUUGCCUUCCUAGCGUACCUCUAUCAGGAGGGUAAUAAUGGUCCUCAUUUGAUUGUUGUUCCAGCAUCAACUAUAGAUAACUGGCUAAGGGAAGUUAAUUUAUGGUGCCCCACUUUAAAGGUGCUCUGUUACUAUGGUUCUCAAGAAGAACGUAAACAGAUUAGAUACAACAUUCAUAGUAAAUACGAAGAAUACAAUGUAAUCGUGACCACGUAUAAUUGUGCAAUCAGCAGUUCUGAUGAUCGUAGUCUGUUUCGUCGGCUGAAGUUGAAUUACGCAAUUUUUGAUGAGGGCCAUAUGCUGAAGAAUAUGGGCUCCAUCCGCUACCAGCACCUUAUGACAAUUAAUGCAAAUAACCGUUUGCUGCUCACAGGCACACCUGUGCAGAAUAACUUGUUAGAACUCAUGUCGCUGUUGAAUUUUGUCAUGCCGCACAUGUUCAGUAGUAGCACCAGUGAAAUACGAAGAAUGUUUUCUUCUAAGACAAAAUCAGCAGAUGAGCAAAGUAUAUACGAAAAGGAGAGAAUAGCACAUGCAAAACAAAUUAUAAAACCAUUUAUUCUCAGAAGAGUAAAAGAAGAGGUUCUCAAGCAGCUACCCCCCAAGAAAGAUCGAAUUGAGUUGUGUGCAAUGUCAGAGAAGCAGGGGCAACUCUAUUUGGGUCUUUUCAACAGAUUGAAAAAAUCUAUCAAUAACAUGGAAAAAAACACAGAAAUGUGCAAUGUCAUGAUGCAAUUGAGAAAAAUGGCCAAUCAUCCUUUAUUACAUCGCCAGUAUUACACAGCUGAAAAACUCAAGGAAAUGUCUCAGCUUAUGCUAAAGGAACCUACACAUUGUGAGGCUAACCCUGACCUGAUCUUUGAAGAUAUGGAAGUUAUGACAGACUUUGAAUUACAUGUACUUUGUAAACAGUAUCGACACAUUAAUAACUUCCAGUUAGACAUGGACUUGAUUUUAGAUUCUGGAAAAUUUCGAGUUUUAGGCUGCAUCUUGUCUGAAUUGAAACAGAAGGGUGAUAGAGUUGUAUUAUUCAGCCAGUUCACCAUGAUGCUGGAUAUUUUAGAGGUUCUCUUAAAACAUCAUCAGCAUAGGUACCUCAGAUUAGAUGGAAAGACUCAGAUUUCUGAAAGGAUUCAUCUAAUUGACGAGUUUAAUACCGAUAUGGAUAUCUUUGUGUUUCUGCUGUCAACAAAAGCUGGUGGCCUAGGAAUAAACCUGACUUCAGCAAAUGUUGUUAUACUUCACGAUAUUGACUGUAAUCCUUACAAUGACAAACAAGCAGAAGAUAGAUGCCAUAGAGUAGGCCAGACUAAAGAAGUACUAGUUAUAAAAUUAAUAGGCCAAGGGACAAUCGAAGAAUCCAUGCUAAAAAUUAAUCAACAGAAAUUGAAACUAGAACAAGAUAUGACCACAGUAGAUGAAGGUGACGAAGGGAGUAUGCCAGCAGAUAUAGCCACACUACUAAAAACAUCAAUGGGCCUGUGAAAUAAGAAUUGUUAAUUCCUAACUGAUGAUGAAAUAUCAACUUGGUGCACUCAAGGACAUUUACAUUAUGAUGACCAUGGGGUUUAUGAACAUUUAUAACUUUUUAUAAUUUCCAUAUUACAUUUCUCAUAGUAUGGACAACUUUUUUGCCACUAACUGAAUUCUCCAGAUGCUCACAUGUGAAAUUUCAAAAAAAAGCCACAGAUACGUAGUCUUGAAGAUGUUAAAUAAUCAUUUUACAAAACAGUUUUCUGAAUGGGGAUUAGUUGGUGAUUGUUU